AUGGACUCUUCUUCUCCCUUCUACGACGCCGUUUUCCCCACCACCGCCAAUGCCGUCGCUAAAUCCCGGCGCACACCUUCCUUCUCCUCAUCCUCUUCCUCCUCCACCUUUAACGACGACUCCCCUUCUUUCCCCACCACCCCUCUCCACCACUCCUCCGGCCGGGUCCCCUUCUCCUGGGAAAAACAACCCGGAAUCCCCAAGAAACCCGACUCCCCGUCGCUAAAGGUCGGAAUUAGCGACGACUCGGUACCCAAUCCGUCGCUAAAGGUCCUACCGUUGCCGCCGCCGAUCACCCCGACGGCCGCCUCCCGGAGGUUGGAUUUCGAUUCGCCGAGCAGGAUCAGGCGGGCCUCGACCUCGUCUUCGUCUCGAUUCGUCGUGGCGAGCGAUCCGUUCUUCGCGGCGUUGGUGGAGUGCUCCAAAGGCGACGGGGGAUUUAGCGACGACCAGGAGUUUCUGAGGAGUGGUGGUGGGGAAAAGGUCGGGAGGAGCAUUAGCGACCGGUUCGGUUUCGUCGGGAUGUAUGCUUCGUGCAAGCGGACGUGCGCCGUGUCGGAGUCCAUUGUCUACCUCCCGAGGUCGUCGCCGGCGAGGGCGUCGUACGAUCUGCUCAGUCGCCGGCGGUGA